AUGAGGUUGAAUUUCAGCGAGCCCCCCACUCCAACCUUGAGUCGCCAGAACACCACAAUUCAAGGUCAUCACCAACGACGUGGUACCCAUCCCCACCGCCUGUCAUCACGUGCCAAGCCAAGAAGGUGGCCCUUGGUUUUCCGAUUUAUUAAAGGUGCAAUCCAUGGCGCAAUAUUACUCUCAGUCGCUUUACAUGCUGUGUUCACAGCCCUGAUCGUCUAUCUGGAUACAUACGUGUUCGACACUGUCGGUUUACCAAGCACUAUCAUCCCCUCAUUGUCCAUAGUCGUGGGACUGAUGCUUGUCUUCCGUAAUCAAACAUCCUACAAUCGAUUCUGGGACGGGCGCAACGGGAUGAAUUCAGUUAAUACCUGUGUACGGAAUCUUGUCCGCACAAUCGCAACAAAUAGCUACAGCGCCAAGCGUGGGCCGCCUACAGCCGCAGAGCGCGAGGACAUCGAGCGCACGAUUCGAAUCCUCAUGGCUAUUCCGUAUGCCGUCAAGAACCAUUUACGUGCUGAAUGGGGUGCCGCUUGGGUAUUUGGUGGCUCUGUUGACGAGGACUUAAGUUUGCAUGGCAGUACGCUUUACAAUCCCGAGUACGCCAACUUGUUGCCGGCGGGCCUGGUGGGACAUGAAGACGAGGGCCUGGGCCUUCCUUUCCAGUUGACCUUUUUCAUUGAUGGGUUUAUCAAGCGCGGUGAAGAAAGGGGGUGGUUUCCUGCUCCUGGUGCUAGUCAGAUGCAGGCUCAGCUGAAUACGCUGACUGAUGCGUAUGGCAAAAUGGAGACAAUCAAACUGACUCCAAUUCCGGUUGCACACUUAAUCCAUCAAAAGCAAGUCCUCGCUCUAUUCGGCUGCGUUCUCCCUUUUGCAAUGGUUGACGAAAUGGGAUGGUGGGCAAUUCCCAUUGUCAGCCUGGUCAUCUUUACUCUGUAUGGAAUUGAGGGAAUAGGGUCCCAACUUGAGGAUCCAUUUGGGUAUGACCGAAACGACAUCAAGAUGGAUGCAAUUGCCGGUGACUCCAAGGUUGAGAUUGACGUUGUUUUAUCUGAGUGGCGCACACACUCCAAAGCCAUGGAUGCUUUGAGAAACCAACCAGCAGGUGCAUAUCAUGGGGAUCUAUGUCUGACCCCCACUCGCAACGAGGACGGUGCUGGCAAAGGGGAUGAAAAGUACACACCGCCAGACUUGUUCUUGAGACUUAGGCCAAACACCGGGAGAUAG